GACACAUAUAAAUCGAGGAAAAAACUUGGAAAUAAAAUAUAUAAGUUGAAAUAAACACAUGCCUAAAUAACUAACACUUUUCCCUCCGUGUCCUUCCAGGUCAGCGAGGAGUGCAAGACGCUGAAACACACCCUCACCCAGGUGGAGACGGACUGGUCGUCGGCCAAAGUUCAAGUCGGGAGCUUACAGGGCAAAGUCGGCACCCUGGAGUCUGUACUUCGGCUGGACGAUGUCUACGGGCUGGCAGAUGGUCCGCGAGCCAGAGGGGGCAACUCUCUCGAAGCCGUCCUGAUUCAAAUGAAAGAAGCUGCGGACAAGCGGCGAGAACUAGAACGGCAGCAUGCGGAGGCGCUGGCUCAACUGCGGGAGCGCCAGUCGGCCAUCUCGGACACCAGCCGCUACAACGACAAGGACCGCAAGGCUUCCGUCGAGGUCAUUGAGGCGCUGCAGUCCAAGAUCCGCGAGCUCGAGAAGAAGGCCGAGGCGCAGAACCUCCGGCAUGAGGAGCUCCUGCUGGAGAUGCAGAGCCUGAAGAAGGCCCAGGGCUCCCCCAAGAACUCGUGGUCAAGGUCGGGGUCUCUCAGCGCCGACCUCCAGAGCCCCGACUCCGGUGACGUCACGCCGGAUUCCAGUCAAAUUUUGUCCAAUGGUAGCACGGCCCGGUCGACACCAGUACCACCCUCCGGGAUGGGCAUGAGUCUGCCCCACGGCCUAGAUGUGUUCGGUUUGGUCGAUCUUCCCGAUUCUCUCUUGGUCCACCAACCCCCUCUGUCCACGUCACCCCUCGCUGGCCAAUCAGGUCAGAGCAGCCGCGAGGAGCGCGCUCAUUGGUCGCCCUCUCGUACAUCCCUCUCCCCCUCAAGAAGGACGCCUAAGAGCCUUACCUCCCUCAACUCGCUCUCGUCCUCGGGCGUGUACACAACCAACACCUCCUCCUCCUUGGUGGCCUCGGGCAUGGGCGGCGGGGGCGGCGGCGUUGGCGUUGGCGUAGGAAGUGGCAUGGGCGGUUUCCACAAUGCGUCGCCGCUCCCGGGGUCCGCCAACCUCGAAAAUGCAGCCACGGAGAUCGAUCGCAUUAUGGCCAAAAUCGAGCAGGAUAAUAAGAUUCUCGCUGAGCUCGAGAAGUCGCGGUCGACCAUAGGGUUAACCACGACCUCGACCGGAGUGAGUUCCAUCAAGACGAGCGACUUGAUCACCUCUCUGGGCCUCUCCUCUCGCACCAUGGCGGGCAUCACGCCCUCCUCCUUUGCCAUGGCGGGCACGGGCAUGAGCUCCCUCACCGGGGCGGUCACCACCACCGUAUCGGCAAUGGACCUCUCCAACCCCAUAAUGAACCCUUUAGGUAAUAACCCCCUGGGCAGCAACCCCUUAGGGAACAACCCCCUCGGCCUGAUGGACCCGACGCUGGCCUCGCAGAUGGGCGGCGCCAACCCCAGCCUGGGCCUGACCUCCCUCGGCGGCCUCUCCGGGACCAACCUCCUGGGGGGCACCUCCCUGCCAGGCGUCUCCCUGCACAGCACAAACCCUCUUUCCGUAACCAACCCUGCCAACCUGCCUGCGGGCCUCACCGGCGUGGGCGUGGUGGGCACGGGCGUGGGCAUGGCAGGCGGAGGCAUCAGCAACCCUGUGUUCACCAGCGUCAACCCACUGCCCACCAUCAUCACCACGAGCUAUGACAAGGACGACAAGAACCUGGUGAACGGCAACAUCCCGGGCGUGCUGAUGCCACAGUACGAGACGGACAACAGAGUGCUGGACGUCCUCGAGAUUCCAGGAAAAGGUCGCUGCCACGUCUACAUUGCCAGAUACUCGUACGACCCAUUCCAACACUCCCCCAACGAGAACCCCGAAGCUGAGCUGGCAGUGAAUGCUGGGGACUACGUGCUGGUGUGGGGCGCCAUGGAUGAGGUAGCACCAAGGACCAUUGAUGGAUUCUUUGACGGUGAACUGUUGGACGGAAGGCGGGGGCUCGUUCCUUCCAAUUUCGUGGAGAAGCUCGUCGGUGAAGACCUGAUUGAAUUCCAUCAGUCUGUGGUCAUGGGUCUGCGAGAUGGCGAUGAGUCCAUGUCCACCUCAGUGCCGCAGGACCUCGACUUCAUUUCACAAGACGAGUCGCAGUUGAUAGAUACGACGGCGCCUGUAAAGUUUGUUAAAAACAUCUUCAAGGGUGUCACAGGACUUUUCGGGCCAGGCGAUAAAAACGGGGCUCCCACAUUGGUGUCAACCGUGCUGGGGUCCACAGGGUCAGCCGCACAAGCUCUCAUCCCUAAGGGUCCGCUGAUACCCCAGACGAGCCAGGUGUCAGGGCUCUUCAACCCCCUGAGCUCCCUCAACCCCCUGGGAACGCAGGCAGGCCAGUCCCAGAAGCUGGCCCCGGGGCAGCAGAACCCUCCCCAGCACGGCGUCUUUACCGCCAAAUUGGCCGCCAACCAGACAAGACACAAUGCUUACACGAGCUACAUAGAUCUUGAAGAUAUCAUUGAGGAGGAAGAGGAGACGUUGGGAGAGCAUGACCUCUUCUUCUCGGUGCUAGUCCCACCGCCGGUCCAGCUCACCCUCGAGAGACAGCUCAACAAGAGCAUCCUCAUCGGGUGGAACCCCCCGCCCGACGCGCCCCCAGGAUCCAUCGAGUCCUACCACGUCUACGUCAAUGGACUCCUCAAGACCACAGUCCGGGCCAGCGAGAGGACACGGGCGCUGGUCGAGGGCGUCGACUCCACCAAGCUGCACCGGAUCAGCGUGCGCUCGGUGACGCCCAACCGCCGCACCUCGAGAGACGCCGCCUGCACCAUGGUGAUCGGGAAGGACGCGCCCUUGGGACCCACCAGCGUCAAGGCGACCUCCAUCACCUCCACCUCCGCCGUCAUAUCCUGGCUGCCUUCCAACUCCAACUUCCAGCACACCGUCUGCGUGAAUAACGUGGAGGUGCGGACGGUGAAGCCAGGCGUGUAUCGGCAUACCAUCACAGGUCUCUCCCCCAACACGACCUACCGCGUGACCAUCCGGGCGAAGAACCUCCGGGCGCCGCAGUUCGACGAGAAGGCCACCAGGAACCAGGAACGCCUCUCCACCACCAUCGAAUUUCGCACGCUGCCCAAGGAUCCAAAAGGGCUUCCGGACCCCCCCGUGGACGUGCAGGUGGAGCCCGGCCCCCAGGAUGGCUCGCUGCUCGUCACGUGGCUGCCCGUCACCAUCAACAGCACCGGCGGCACGUCCAACGGCGCCCCGGUCACCGGAUACGCGGUCUACGCCGACGGCAAGAAGGUCACCGAAGUCGAGAGUCCGACGGGAGACCACGCGCUCAUAGACCUGACGAAGAUCCCCGGGUUCGAGCCCAAGCAGGUGACGGUGCGGACGAAGAGCCGAGACAGCGUAUCGGGAGACUCCGUGCCCAGCCAGAUACCCAGCCACUUCGCUAGGGGACGAGGCCGAGGGAAGCUAGAAGAGGAAGAAGAGGCUCUGUUGCACUCAGACAUGGACCGACCGUCGGAGCUGUCUGAUAUCGCCGAGGAGAGUGAGACCGAGUUGUCUGACGAGGACAUGCAUGCCGACGGCCACAAGCCCGGCCCGCACCACGGCCUCGGCGGCCCCCACCAUGGCCCGCCCGGCCCGCACCACGGCCCGCCCGGGGGGCCCCACCACGGCCCGACGGGGCCAAGCGGGCUGCGGGACAGGCUGCUGGGCCGGCGCGGCGCCCCCGCGCCCGGCGUGCGGACGGACCACCUCGGCCAGACCAUCCUCGAGCACGAGGACAACCUCAGCGACAAGGAGAUCUACCCGGGCCACCAGCAGGGCCAGAUGGCCCCGCAGACGUCCAUCCCCGCUAUAGGCAAAGGCGUCUCCCGUGCCAGACAAAUAACCAAAGACCCAGCCAGCGAAAGCCACCAGCCGCUCGAGGACGACUACGAUGUGAACCAGGGCGGCCGCGGGCGCUUCGACCCCCGCAGCGCGCCCCCGCGGUCGCACCUGGAGCGCGGGCGACCCCCUCCCCCGCCUCACCACAACCGGCCCAUGAUGCGCGACCCCAGGGACCCCCGGGACGUGAGGGACCCCCGCGACCAGCACUACCGCGACGGCCGCGACCCCAGAGACCUCCGCGACAGACGGGACCCCCACAUGCGGGACCCGCACGCCCAUCGGGACCCCAGGGACCCGAGGGACAUGCGCGACCGCUACGAGGGCGACGGGCGGCACCGGGGCGAGUACGGGCGCGACUACCCUGGCGGCAGAGGCGAGGGGCGCGGCGGCGGGCGCGGCGGCGGCGGCCAGGGCGAGCAGCACACGCGCAUCUUCGUGGCGCUGUUCGACUACGACCCGCCCACCAUGAGCCCGAACCCCGACGCCUGCGACGAGGAGCUGGGCUUCCGCGAGGGCCAGCUCAUCCAGGUCACCGGAGACAAGGACCCCGACGGCUUCUACUGGGGCGAGCUGGGCGGCAGGCACGGAUACGUCCCCUGCAACAUGGUGUCCGAGGUGCAGGUUGAUGAUGACCGCGUGGCCCAGGAACUGCUAAAAGAGUCAGAAGGAGGACGGCGAAGGAGGGAUGGCUCAGUGGGCCGACGGCACCAGGGUGACCGCUGGGGGGACAUCUAUGCGAACAUGCCUGUCAAGAAGAUGAUAGCCAUGUAUGACUAUGACCCCCAGGAGCUCUCACCUAAUGUCGACUCUGAGGUGGAGCUUUCAUUCCAAACGGGCGACAUCAUCUACGUGUAUGGUGACAUGGAUGAUGACGGCUUCUACAUGGGUGAACUGGGGGGCCACAGGGGGCUUGUGCCUUCUAACUUCCUACAGGAUGCACCCCAGGACUACGCCGAUGAUCACAGGUCGCGCCGUGAUACCUUAGACCCCCGUGAUCGAGCUCCUCCCCCGGGCCAGUCAGGGCGAGGUCCCGGCCCGGGUGCACAUGGCCCACCACCACCUCCGCGACCAGACCAGCGAGACCGCAGGAAAGAUACCCGCUCAGUAACUAGUAGAUCAGUCUCUAGUGCACAGGAUAUGAGGGGGGCCCAGGGGGGCCAGGGGGACCACCACCAAGACCACGGCACCACCACCGGGGAGAGAGGCUGUAGGUCGGUGUCCCGCGAGAGGGGCGCCGCCGCGGCCGCCAAGACCUCCGCCGCGCCCACCGCCAGCACCGCCGGCGCCGCCUCCACCACGAGCGCCUCGGCCGCGGCGCGCUCCAAGAUGAACGGCAUGGAUCUGCUGGACGAGGACGUGGACACCGCGCCCGCCAUCUCGUCGGCGGACCUGGACCAGCUCAUGGAGGACUUCGACCUGAACGACCCCGAGGAGGAGGAGGCCAUCAAGCAGAGCGAGGCGGCGAAGGCGGCCGAGGCGGCGGCGGCGGCGAAGGAGGCCGAAGCCAAGGAGGAGAAGCCGGGCGGCCUGGCGGGCGCGCUGCCGGGCGGGCUGGGCGCCGGCCUGUCGGGCAUCCCGAACCCGAUGGGCGAGGGCAACAUCAUGGGCAAGCUGGGCGACCUGGCCACGCAGAACCCCGUCACGGACGUCAUGUCCAAGGGCAAGGACUUCCUGUUCAAGAAGUUCGGCCUAUGAGAGCCAGCGGGAGCUAGGGCGCUGGUGCCCGCGCUCGCGCUGAGCCGCCGCGCCGCCGCCGGCCGGAGACGAUGCCAAAGGGAAAAGGAACAAGUCCAUUUUCAAAGUGCCGAAAGUUACCCCUUAAUGACGUCUAUAUUCCUAGGUAAUGCUAGACGAACUUCUCCCUCGUUUUGUAUCGUAACACAACAGUCUCUUAUGGUUCACGAUUUUAUAGCCCCUGGAUGGCAUUGCAGCUGUACAGUGCAACAUGACCAAUUUGUACUCUGCUUCUGAAUGACGCACUGGUCGUCGCCAUCCCCCCCCCUCCCCCUCGGACAAGAGCUGUACGCACGUCACGCAAGUCUCGCUGUCAAGCUCAAACGAUAUAUAUAUAUAUAUAUAUAUAUAUAUAUAUAUAUAUAUAUAUAUGAUUACAUUAAUAAAUUUAUUGUUUUGAUAAGAUAUAAUUGAAACAGUGAUGGCUUCUAUUGCGAUGAGGAGGGACGAAACACGAGAUGCAAGACACUGACACGUUUCCCCGCGGUCUUCGCUGGCAGCGCGGAUCCCCAGGAAGCGCCGGCUGAUGGAACGCGCGUGCAUGUCUAGUCAGCCAGCGAGACUAUUUCUCUUCUCUCCUCCUCCUCCUCCUCCUCCUGCCUGUCUCCUCUCUUCCGGAGUGCCGAGGACCCUCCCGCUCUUCCCUCCUCUCUUCCUCCCUUCUGAAGUACGUCAGGUCUUCUCAAACCCGCCAAGUCCUUUCGUUUUUCCCCUUUCUCCCUCCUUUCUUCAGCCAUCCCAUCUUCCACCCUUUACUACCUGUUUUUGGGUGCCUCCAAUUAUUGUUGUUGUUAUUGCUGUUGAGUAUCAUAGCCCUCUUCGCUAAGACCUUCUUACAUAUCGAUUUGGAACUCCUUUGCUUUUUUAUCAUAAGGGUCAAGACAAGGUCACCCUUUCAAAAAAAUAAAUAUAUAUAUAUGUAUUAUUUAAGGAUCGCUAUAUAUUCCAAACUAAGUCUAGACCUUUCUUAAUUCCCUCCCCCAUUAACUAUGUCUCAUACCCCCCUCCCUCCCUUGCCCCAUCCCGUCCCCCUACCGCCCACUUUCUCGACCACGAAUUCUCUUCUCGCUUGUAUUUACUCCUCCGAAUUAUCAGCCUUUGUCCUCACGGUUAUUAUCCAUUAUCCCUGUUCCUGUUUUCUUCUUCGUAAUUCAGGACACUGUUGCUCAUUCUGAUGUGCGUAUCUCAUUUUCUUUCUCCGUUUUCUUCCCCCGUUGGUUAUUCCUCCUCUCAAAUGAUUUUACUUUGGGGGAGCUUGAAGAAUCUACCGACAUAUAUCAGUAAUGUGGAGUCCGCAUGUCAUUUCAAAAAAAAGAAUUCAUUUUUUUAUUCAUUCAGAGUUUCGCGGUCAGUUGGAGGCAGUGUUGUGUCGACAAGGAAUAAACAGAUUGUUUGCAAUAACAGUUUGCAAUGUUGUGAAUUAAGAUGAAUUCGUAAACCUUUGAGGAUAAGAAGGAAAUAAUGAUUUUGACCACAAUGGUUUCAGCAUAUUGGUGUGCACACAGGGUUUUCCAGUGCCAUUGUUCCUCUGUAGUUGAAAGGACAAUGUAUCGUGAAUGUUGCAAAGAAAACAAUGUAUCGUGAAUGUUGCAAAGAAUGAGCGUUUAUAAUCCCCCUUCCACAUGCGCCAGAAUCAGUGUUUGAUAAAUGUCUCACACCUGCACUGUAAAUGCACUGUAAAUUCAUCAAUGUUGUUGGCCUUCUUUGUAAGUAUGGAGAUAUUGUGACUUUGCCUCUUGAGUCAUUUGCUGUCGGUCGGUCUGCGUGUUCUGCCGAGCGCCUCUGAAGAUCGAUCCCGCCGAACACAGAGAACUUCUUCCGGACGUCCGCAGUCAGUCGGUCUGUUCCACGCGAUUGACACACUAAAUACUCAGACAGUGGAGUUCCCUCAUCAUUCACAUCAAAGCACAAACAACCUGAUAAUACGUGCCAUUGAUUUUUUGUUUAAUCUUUUUUUAUUGCUACUCCCAUCACAUCCCUGUGUCAAGAAUCUUUCAUUCGACAGGAGAGAUUUUUCUAGAUUUCUUUUAUCCUCUUUCCGGCACUUAUACAAUUACUUUGGUGCUACCUUUCGCCGAUUUUUGUUUUCAUCUAAGUCGACAAGCGACUUCGAAGUGUCCAAUCUUGUUGCGCCCAGAGACUAAAUGUGAGUCGUUUAGGGCGUUUGCGUGCGUUCCUUCCCCAAGUGCUAUUUAAUCGACGGAACCUUCCCCUUCCCCUUGAAAUGGAUAACACAAAAACAAACAAUAAUCCUUUGAAUAUGUCAAAUUCAUUUGUAAACUCUAAGCGCAAUGUUUACAAGUUAUGGCCCGUUGCAUGGUCUUGCUUCUGUUGCAUGAAUUCCCUUCAACAUGAUCGUCUCUCAGCAGAGAACUCGCUACACAACACAAUACAUUACACACGUGGUUCUUGCAACUGUGAUUUGAUGAAGACUAACACGACCUUGUUUCUUGUAGGACCUGAGUGCUUGGUCUUGUGUCUUGUAGGUCCAGGGUACACAUGGCCUUGUGUCUCUCCGGUCCGGGCUGCAUGUUAUGUUAGGCCGAGGGUUCAUAGGAAACGGAUGGAUGCACAGUACGUCAUACCAUGGUGAUGUUAUUGAUUUGUUAUGACUUAAAAUAUGAUAAUUAAUUCUUAUUGAGGUAUUUAUCCAAAGAUCACUUGAACUACAAAGUUGUAUUCACGUGGCAAGACGGCCGAGGGCGUGUGACCCCGCGAGGAGGCAUUCCCUUGUUUGUCCAGGUCACGGAAUCGCCCCCGGCGGGGUCACGACCUCGCCUCCAGGAGUCCCCCAGAAUUCGCCUUGAUGUUUGGACUGAGAACAUAUCGAUUAAGCUGCGAUCAUGACUGUUGUGUGCUGAACUCCCCGUGGUGGGUUCGUAUAUUUAUAAAUAAGGCAGCGGUCCACUCCUCUCCCCGUUCCCUCGAUUCACACACAUUACUAUUGUAUCUUGUUAUGUACAUGUAUGUAGCAAACCCAAUUAUGUGUUCAACUCGGCCUUUCCCUGUGCGUUAUGGAAACGGGUAAAUGAAUAGAUGUGUGCGUGUGUGAGCGCGCGUGUGCGUAUAUAUCUGAACAAUCACCUGACUUGCGCGGUCAGUCAGUAACCUUGCCAUAUGGGAUCAGUGAUUUUACGGUUACAUUUAGCAUUGUAGUUGUGGCUAACUGAACCUCUCUGUGAAGCACUGGACCGCCAGCACACCAACGCCCACGGUGGAGGAUGUCCUCAGCAAACUCCGCCAAGGAAAGAAGAAAAAUCCUCGGGAGGGGGGGACUAUUUUAAAUUAUAACAAUCCUUGUCUCACUCACGCUAAAACAAAGGAAGACGACGAGAACCUCCCCCUCCAAGAAGAUGAAGCUAAAAAAAAAUAAAAAAAAUCGAAAGACCGAGCCUCUUCCGAACGCCCCGGGGUGGAGUGGGCUGCGCCUGGCUUUGUUCUGCCUGUGUCCUGUCGGAGUGCGUGUGUAUCAUAAUUAAACCUAGUCGUGUGGACACUUCCUCCUCUGCCUUAUAAUGGUUGGUUGGUACUCUAAGUGCCCGUGGACCCAUCAGGAGAACCCAUGGGGCACCGGCGCGUGUCUCUGCUUGUGUUUGUUUUUUGUGUUUAUCUUAAGGAUUUUUGAACUUGUGAUAAAGCAUGAUUUAUAUAUAUACAUAUUAGUCAGAUUUUUUUCUAUACCAUAUUGGAGGUUCGUAUGUAUGACAUAUAUGUAUGUAUAUAUAUAUAUAUAUAUAUAUAUAUAUAUAUAUAUAUUUAUAUAUAUAUUUAUUAUGAGGAGUGCGGUGGUUGACAGGGACAAGGAAGGGUUCCUCCUGAUGGGUCAAUCUCAGUAACCUCCUUCCAUCCUUCACGUUUGCGGACCCGGACUGAGGACCCCGAGCCGGAAGACAAAGACUUCUAUGGCGAGUCCUGGGUCCGGGCCUUCUUCUCUUUAUCUAUAAUGUUACUUGUACAAUACGCAUUUCAAUUGUUGUAUUAUAAUGUACAUAUCCUGGCACAACUGUUACAGUAAAUCAUCCCAUACUUCA